AUGUUGCUUAAGCGUAUAAUCAAUUCUCUCCCUUCGGAUCUGAUCAAUCUACUACCCGUUUUGGACCAAGCGGGAAUCAAAACAACCGAAAACUUACUUUUCACCCCUCAUCAAAUUCUCCUCUCUUCUAUCCCUUCCAUACGCAAAGAUGACCUCGACGCGCUCAUAGCUUUUGCUUUACGACGCACAGCUCUUAUCUCUGUCACUGCUGAUACUUUACUACCCAAGGAGGAAAUCACAUGGACAGGUUUUGGUGUUUAUAACCUCGAUCAAUUAUUAGAUGCAUGGGAUGGGGUUGGUAUACUGGAAAUAGCAGGACCUAAAAAAGUUGGGAAAUCGUUGUUGGCUUUACAUGCUGUUCUGAGGACUUUAAAAGAUGGUGGAAAGGCAGUUUGGAUAGAUACGGAUGGUAGUUUUUCUCCUAUCCGAGCUAAAAUCAUACUUGAAUCGUGGGACGUGGAUACGACAGAAGUUUUGAAUAGAUUGGAAAUUAGACCUUGUUUCAAGGUUGAACCUGAUUUAUACGAUAUCAUCUCUUCUCUUCAAAUCGAAUUGAUGGUGAAUACUUUGAUGAGUACAACAGCUCAGGGACACGCAGAGAUGAUUGCCGUCAUGGAACAACUCGCUGAAAUGACUCAAACAUACGGUCUCACAAGUAUCGUGAUCAACACGACAGUCUCAAGUUCACCCAUCAACCCCCUAUCGAAUUUCUCACCCACAACCAUCAAACCCGCUUUAGGCAUCGCAUUUGGAUACUGUGCGGAUGUGACGUUGUUGAUACAGGAAACAGGCAAAGUCUUCGGUUUGGUCGAUGAGGAAGAGAGAGAUAGGGUGAGAAGAAAGCCUGGGUUAAGGGGUGUAGUGGAGGUUUUGAAGAGUAGGGUAUCUGCCGGUGGGCGAUGGUCUGUAUUCGAAACGGACGGGAUCCAACUGUUUGACGUCGUACCUCCUCCUCUGGUGGACGAGAGAUCCGAACGAAUGUCAAGAGGCACAGUACCCCAAAGACCGGUUCAUGGUCCCCUGAGGGAGACUUUGAUACCUUGACCUCAAACCCUGAGACCUUUCUCCUCAGCAUGCGGGGCUCCGCGGAGAUUGGCGUUCCGAUAAAAGGAUGAGAUAAGGUGUCAAGGUGGUUGCUCAUCCGGCGCAUCUGAUGAUAUGGACACUGGACAUUCAAGAAAGGGACACAAUGAACUGUAGCAUAGUAAAGUAUAAGCAUCGGCUACAUAUAGAUUACAUUGAGGGUUGUACAGUAUGCAUGUAGACGAAGAAUGUAGUACAGUG